AUGCGCCAUCAAGUUCGCGGGUUCCGCGAAAGCUUUGGACCGCGGGCAGUGUUUGAAUAUCUGAAUGCUCCAUUCACUGCCAAUGGCCCCACCGAAGACGCUAUUCAAGACAAAUUCGGGUCAUCUGAACCGUUCUUUGAGUGGUUUAGAGAUGAUCCUCAUGCAGGACAACGGGGAAGUGACCGAUAUGUGGGGUGGGAACACUCUCUCGCGUACCUAAUGCGCCACUUGAGCUCCCACAUCCCGUACGAUAUUAUCCUGGGUUUUUCACAAGGCGGCAUGAUGGCGACACUCCUCACCGCGCACUAUCAAGCUGAGCAAGUUCCACUACCUUUCAAGGCCAUCGUGUGUGUGGGGGUGGUGAGUUGGCCACUGGAUGGCAUGCCACCAUCGAUGGAGUCGUCAACUAAACUCAAGGUGCCAGCAAUGAUUGUGCUGGGUGAAGCCGACACAUUUUUUGAUACUGGCAAGGAGCUCGUCCACGUCUUUGACAAAGCAACGCGGCGCUUUUUCGUACACGCCGAAGGCCACAAGUUCCCCAGCGUCAAGAACCACCGCGCAUUGUACGACGAAAUCGCAGCUGAUACGUCGCCUAGGCAUGGCUGGCGAACGAACACAGCUGUCAUCUCCCUCCAAGUUGCGGGGUUUCGCCAAGCGCUUGGCCCAACGCAGGCCGAGUUCGUCUCGCUGAACGCCCCGUAUCCCGCGAAAGGGCCUGCGCACGAGGACAUUCGGAAAUUCUUUGGCGAAAAGGGUCCGUACUACGAGUGGUGGGAUGCCGUGGAGAAUCCCGAGACACGGAAAACAGAGUACCAUGGUUGGGAGCGGUCGGUUGCGUUUGUCCUGCGACAGAUUGAUGAACUUGGACCAUUUGACGUGGUCUUGGGGUUUUCCCAAGGCGCGGCUCUCACCACGUUACUCACAGCUCAUUGCCAAAAGGAACAGGGGGGCUUUCCGUACAAAGCGGUCGUCCUUGUGUGUGGUUUAGUACCAAUAGACGGUCUGCCUGCAGAUAUGCCUGACCACUUGGACAUCCCUUCGCUCCACAUUGUCGGCGAACAAGAUCCAAUGCUACUCCUCGGUCAUCAGCUCCAUGGUAUGUACUCCCCAACACAUCGUAAGCUGCACGUUCAUCCCGACGGUCACCGCUUUCCGGCCCUGCCGAUCCAUAAGCCCAUGUACAUCGACAUGGCACGCUUCCUUCGUCAAGUGUGCACUCCACCUCAAUGA